AUGCUCUCCGCCAACCGGGUAGCGCCAGAGCCGCGACGGACGACAUCGUCUAUGGAAUCGACAGGUACAUUGGGUGCCAAUGUCGGUGGCGACAGCCGGAGAAUGUCGGCGGGAGGCCGGCCCCAACGGGCGUCGCUGGGCGGUCGAGCCUCCCAGCUGCGCCACCGGAGGCGGUCGUCGCUUACAGGCGCCUCGGCUUCAGCUCUGCCAGCAUCGGGCGACUUGGUCAUCCACCCGGCAUUUGAAUCAUACACCUUGCUGAAAGACUCGGGCCUGGUCCCGGCAACUGGCAACCUGACGUCGUCACCGUCGGCCCGUGGCCUCUCGCGUGAGCCGCAAAACGCAAGCGCCAGGCGAUGCUUCAACUCGCACUACACUCGGCGGCACUUUCUUGGCACACUGCUGUCGAUUAUCGAGCGGCCUCGGUUGCGGCCAUACUUUGUGUACUACGUUCAGGUCCGGUUCUUCCCCAUUCUUUGGCUCUUCCUCGACUUUUUCCAGAUGACCAUGUUCAACAACGUGCUCCGCAUCGAGUACUCGCUCUCUUGCAACGCCAAACCGCUCUCUUCUGAGAUGGCCGACGAGCUGCGGUCGGUGCUCUUUUUCUGGAUAUCGCUCUCGGCAGUCAUAGUUGGCGUUCUCAUCGUCAUGUCGCUCUGGUUCCUUGUCGGGACCCGCCUGCCCAAGGUUUUGGUCAACCUUAUCGGCUCGUACGUCAACGUUAUCUCGACCUUUCUCUACACCUUUAUUCUCCGUCACCUGUGGCAAGAGGCCAUGUGCCACGUCGCGCACUCGGGCAUCGACGCCAAGCAAGAGUGUGAUACCGCCGACGGGCAGCUAUUCCUCAUUCUCGCGCCGCCGGUCACGCUCUACUUUCUGCUUGCCUCACUUGUCCUUGCCCUCAACUCGUACGAGGUCGAUCCCAACGCGACGCACAUUCUGCGCCGCGAGCACGGCCUCUUUGAUGUGUUGUAUAUUCUGGGCAAGACCGUCAUUGUGGCGGUCUCGUUUGCCAACUCGGGCUUUCUGCGCGCUCUCUGCAACCUCGCUGUGUUCUCGCUCCUCUUUACAGCCAUGGCCACCCUCGCUCCUCACCACGUCUCGUUCAUCAACCGGCUGCGGACUGGCCUGCACCUCGGCAUGGUGCUCUCUGCGGCGACGGGCGUGGUCAACGAGGCGCUGCCGACCUGCUCCUCGCUCCCGUCGCUUCUAUACUACAUUGUCCUCAUCCCGGUCGUUCUCCUCGGCGCCAUGGUCAACGUGCCCGACUCGAUCCGGUACCGGGUGACCAAAACGCUGUACAAGCCGUUUUCACCGCUCGUCAUGUCGUCAAUCCGCUCCAUCAUGGAGCUCAAGCUGACGUACCUGCUCGUCUCAGCAACUCGCCUUGGCCAGGUUGCCUACGAAAUCGAGGUCGACGAUCCCGGCACGGCCGAAAAAUUCUACCUGCGGGCACACAUGGCCGACCGGAACCACGUGACCAACCUCGGCCGCUACGCCUUUCAUCUCGUACGCACCUCGGGCUCCAAUACCAAGCGGCGGCAGCGGAAGGCGGUCCAGCUCUUUAAGCGCGCGCUCGCCAUCGACAAGAACAACGCCGAGGUCCUCGCGCUCUACGCUGUCUACCAGACCCUCAUCGAAAAGUCGGACGUGGAGGCCGACCAGCUCUACCGGCAGUCCGUCCAAGUCACCCGCGAGUCGUCGUCUCUCCGGCGGCACUUUUCGUCGCGCAACAAGGUCUGCUCAUCAUCGACGAGCAUGGCAUGA